CCUCCGCAGCAAUCCGCCGCCGCCCGCCGUCGCCGCAGCACGCAGAAGCUCCGGAUAGCCGCCGCAGACCUCCCGCAGACCAGCCUCGCCUCUUCCGCUCUGCUCUGACACUCGCCCGACAUGAAGCUGCACGUCGCCGCUUUCCUCGCGCUGCUGCUAGCCGCCUUCCUCUGUGAGGGCGGCAGCGCGCCGCGGCCGGACCCGCGCUGGCUGUGCGAGAGCCUACGCUGCCCGCCUAUCGUCUCCCCCGUCUGCGGCGUCGACGACACCGGCGAGCUGCGCACCUUCCGGACCGCCUGCCACAUGGAGCUCGCGCUCUGCCACGAGAAAAAGUACUUCGUGAUGCUGAAGCCCGGCGAAUGCUGACGCAGAUGAAGACACGGACCAUCAUCGUUAUUUAUUACGCUAAUUGCCAGCAUGACAAUAAGAUAUAUUUAUCCCAUAUUUCAUGCAAAUACUAUCAUUAUAUUUUCUAUUAUUAACAUUUGUAUUUAAUAAAUAAGUAUUUUUUAA